GAUUAGUAUCAGUCAAAAACCCAAACCCAAAUCAAAAGCCAUUAAUGGCAUAAACCCAAUAACAUAAUGCAAUCAUUGUGGAAAAGGAGUCACCUUCAAGAAGCUCUGAGACUUGGUCAAUCGUACCCAACUCACUUGGAUCAUUACUAUUGCUUGUACAUGAAGAUUCUGCAGCUCUGCAUCGAUGAACGAGUAGAAAGACCCGGUCUUUUGGCUCACACCCAUAUGAUAACAAAUGGGUUUGCUUCUAAUUUGAAUUUGAACACCAAAUUAAUAAACUUUUAUUGCAAGUUUGGGCGUGUAGUCACUGCAGGCAAGGUGUUCGAUAGAAUGCCUGAGAGAAAUGUUGUGUCUUGGACCUCUAUGGUUUCUGGGUAUGCUCAGAGUGGAAACUAUGAGAAAGCUUUGGGGGUAUUUUUGGAAAUGCGUAGAGCGGGGGUGAGGGCUAAUCAGUUUGGGUAUGGGAGUGCAUUGAAGGCAUGCACUGGUUUGAGGGCAUUGGGAGUAGGGGUGCAGAUACAGGGGUGUGUUUUGAAAGGAAGGUUUGGUGAGAACUUGUUUGUGAGAAGUGCACUAGUUGAUUUUCAUGCCAAGUGUGGGAAGAUGGAAGAUGCUUGUUGUGUUUUUGAGGCAAUGUCUGAGAGGGACUUGGUUUCUUGGAAUGCAAUCAUUGGAGGGUAUGCUGUUCAGGGUUUUGGUGAGGACUCGUUGCGUAUGUUUCAGAAAAUGAUGAGGGAAGGUAUGGUUCCUGAUUGCUUCACAUUCGGGAGUGUUUUGAGAGGCUUGGCCGGAGAUAGUGGUUUGGUGAGGAUUAGUCAAAUGCAUGGGUUGAUGAUGCAACUGGGUUUUGGAUCACACAGAAGUUUAAGUGGAUCGCUAAUCAACGCAUAUGCAAAAUGUGGGAAGGUAGAGUCUGCUCAUAGAAUAUACAGGAGUAUGAUAAAAAAGGACAUUAUGUGCUCCACUGCACUAAUUAAUGGAUAUGCACGAGAAGGUAACUACAGCGGAGGUGUGUUAGAUCUCUUCAAAGAAAUGAUUGUUAUGAACAUGAGACUGGAUGGUGUCAUACUAUGCUCCAUGCUUAAUAUAUGUGCAAAUGUUGCUUCAUUGAUUUUUGGAAGACAAAUCCAUGCACUUGUGUUUAAACACCAACCUUCUCUUGACGUGGCCUUGGGGAAUGCUCUUGUUGAUAUGUAUGCAAAAUGCGGAGAAAUUGAAGAUGCUAACCAUGCUUUUGAUGAGAUGGAGGAAAAAAAUGUAGUUUCAUGGACGUCACUGAUUUCUGGAUAUGGAAGGAACGGCCAUGGACAUAAAGCGAUUGCAUUAUAUAGAGAGAUGGAGCGUGAGGGAUUGAAGCCUAAUGAUGUUACAUUCUUGUCUCUUCUCUUUGCUUGUAGCCAUAGUGGAUUGACAGAUGAAGGAUGGGAAUGCUUCAGUUCUAUGUAUAGCAAAUAUAACAUCAUGCCUCGAGCUAAGCAUUUCUCCUGCUUGGUAGAUCUUCAUGCACGUGCAGGUUUGCUAGAAGAUGCUCAUAAUUUGAUACGGCACAUGAAUAUUAAGCCUAAUGCUUCACUUUGGGGAGCCAUUCUUGGGGCAUGUAGCAACUAUGGUAAUAAGUCACUUGGGGAAGUGGCAGCAAUGCAUCUUUAUGAUAUUGAUCCAGAGAAAUCAGUUAACUAUGUUGUUCUUGGAAGCAUCUAUGCCGCAUCUGGUGCUUGGGACAAUGCCUUGGAGACACGAGGUCUGGUAGAUAACAGGAGUAUGAAAAAGGAACCAGCACACAGCCUUUUACAGUCCACAGCUAAUAAACCGUUGCUUUUCCAGCCAUCGUAAGACAGUACAACUAGCUAAAUUAGUUUACAUCCGCAAAGAGGGGCACGGAUUUAUUAUUCAACUGAUCAUGUGGAUCUUCUGUCUAUGCUCAGAAGAGUUUGUUUAUCCCUUAUACUUUUGGGAUAUCAUUGUUCUUUGAUGACGUGGAUGUGUUCCAUUACUUCUGAACACUCAGGCGUGGACGACGAGUCAUUGGGAUUAAUUUCAAAGCUCAUACCACCAAACAAUGACAUGCAAAAUCAAGCUUGUGCUGAAGCAGAUCAGAGUGGAGAUAGCUGGACAUAGGAGCCAUUCCUAGGUUGAUAUGGAUAAGCUCAUGUUGUGUUAAGCUUUUCCUGAAUGCUGCACUUGGAAAAUUGAUCAUAUGUUAUGAAAGAAAACAGAAGAAUCUACAUUGGAAUCGGCAAUGAGGGGUUAAAAUUAGUAUUAAAUGGACAUUUUCCCUAAUAAAAUGUCAUCUAUAGUGCUGUACCCUCCAGGAUGAGUUAAUUACCAGGAUGAAGACACAAGAAGUUACAAGUUUGCGUCUGUAAGAGCAUUUCAACCACUUGAACAGUCUCAAAAUCAGAUGUUAUCUCCCCAACCUGGU